AUGCGCGAGCGGGCGGAGAGAAGCGCGACCUCAAGCUCUCCUCCGCAACCGAUCAUCCCUUCUACCUGCCCUCUUGGAAUAUCCGCCAACCUCGACGACGCCAGGACAACCCUCGACCCUUGUAGCGACGCCACUUCCACGCUUCCUUCGCUCGCCGUCCCUUUUACUACUCCCCGCGCCUCCGCCCAAACCCCCCAGCAGCGCCUCGCCAACGAGCGCUUCGCCAAGUCGGAAGCCAACAAGCGCGGCAAGCCCGUCACGGUCGUCAAGAAGCAGGAGGUCCACAAGAGCCCCAUAAGCAAGACCUGGAUAAUCCUUCUCGCCUUCGUCCUGUGCGGCGGUGUUAUCUUCGAGCUGCUCCGCCUAUUCUUCUAAGCGGAUAACCACGAAAUGGGAUACUGAGCUUCAAAAGCCAGGGCAAGAUGUCUCUUGCGUCAUUGCUCUAGACACAUGGGAUUCUUUCACAGGGUUCAGGGACACGCCGAUGCGCCCUUCGGAUACUCAGAGGAGUUAUUGCUCCCGUUCUUCACAAUCACCGUAGGGCACAUUGGACUAGGAGUUUAUUUUUGUUUUUUUCUUGGGACCGAAAGCGAUAUCCUCUGCGCGUUUCCAGGCGACCCACGCGUGCUGUCAUUCCGCUGCAGCAACGACAAAGGGGGGGAAGAGAGCGAAGGGAAGACACAGAAAGAGAGGAGAGAGAGGGGGAGAGAGUAAAAGACACUCGUCGGUGCCAUCUUCUGUACUUCUAACUCGAGACAAUCACAUUUGCACUUUUUUCUUUUUUUUUUCUUUCCC